CAUAACCAUCUUCUUCCCUAUAUUUUCACAAAGAAAUUUAGUGUUUCUUUGGUUGAAACAAAUCUUUCUUUGUAUUAUUUGUGUGUGAUAUCUCUCUCAAAAUGGCUUUGGCUUUCACUUCUUCAUCUGCUAUUCACGGUUCUUUGUCUUCUUCUUCAUCUUCUUCUUAUCAACAGCCAAAAGUAUCACAAUUGGGUACCUUUCAGCCAUUGGAUAGGCCUCAAAUGUUGUCGACUGCUUUGAAUUCAAGGAGACGAUUGGCAAUGAAGCCAUUGAAUGCUGAGCCUAAGAGGAAUGAUUCAAUAGUUCCUCAGCAGCAACCAUUAUGGCUCCUGAGUUAAUUGAGAAAGCUGACGAAGAGGACUGAGAAAUUGGCUAAGGAGCUUCAAAAUGCUUCUCCUCUUGAGAUUAUGGACAAGGCCUCUUGAGAAAUUUGGGGAUGACAUUGCUAUUGCUUUCAGGUACUGUUUUAAAUCUA